AUCCACUGUUUCAAAAGGAUUUUUAAUGAACACUUUUUAAUCAAAUUUGUGACCUCCUAAGAACAAGCUUAUCAAAUGUUGUUGAUGGCGUAAAUACGAUAAUUGACCACUUCCCACAAGUUCUACGUAUAAUUUAUAGAAACUUUUGUGAAUGUGCAACAAAACAUCGCUUCAUCGUUACUACAGUGUCUCAAUUCCGUUUCAUAUCGAUUAAACUUGUUUAUUUGACCACAUUUGACCAUGAAUCAUCUCAAAACUUGUGCACGACAUUUCGAAGAAUAACUUUAUUUGCAAAUUUCUCCACAUUUCAAACUCGAUAUCUUGUUGUUGAUACGCAAUUCCUGUUCGUCUAACAAGCUUUUCAGAUGACCACUAUCGACGGAAUACCGAAUAUAACGGCAAAUUUCUCCGACGAUGUUUACAAACCACCCGAUGAAACUCCUUACCAAAGAAUUUUCCUCGAGUUGUUCACCCUCGUGGCUUUGAUAUCGCUAGCGGCCAACUGCUUCCUUGUUUAUGUCAUUUUCAAGUACAAGAAAUUACGAAAAGAGACAACAAAUAAGAUUUUUCUUCAUUUGAAUAUCCUGCAAGCUGUGUUUUUGAUUGCUACACCGUUGACUCUACGAUUUGCGAUUGAAUUCGUGUGGAGUUUUGAGGUGCAUUUAUGUGUGUUUUGUACUCUUUACCAAAUCGAAUUAAAUGCCCAGUUUGCCAUAACAGGCAUUUUGUUUCUCUUAGUCUGUGAUAGUUAUCUCAGCAUUUACUCUAAAGACAAGUAUAAAAAGUUUGGCCGUUUUUAUAAAUAUUUCCUUAUUAGUCUUUAUGUUUUAACUGGGUGCACUUCACUCGUUACAAUACAAUAUUGUUUUACCUUUCAUUAUAUGGUUUUGUAUGCUUAUUUUGUUAUGAUUGUUGCUAUUAUCAUUUUAGUAGUGUUUUUAAUUGUUAUUAAUAUCAUACAUGUUAUUAAGAAAAGGAAACUAACAAAUUACAAGUCAAGCAACAUUGGAUUAGUUGUGCCAAAUAUUUUCUUUCUAUUAUGGAGUCCUUUUCUAAUAUUUUUAUUGCAAAGCGUAUUAGGAAUUACUGUAGAUACUCCUAUUACAGCUAUAAUUUUAUGUUCAUUAGGUUUUUCAAGUCCUGUAUUAAACUUAAUUUAUGUUUAUUUUUAUGAUAAUAAUUUUAAUGUGUUUCUCAGACAAGUUUUCACGUGUAGGUGUAAGGAAUACAAAAAUGAAAAUUUAGAAGACCAGUCUGUAGCGUACAACGAUAUAGAAGGGGUGCAAAUUACCCAAAAUGAAAAUUAAUUUUUGUACUAAUUGCUAAUAAACUAAUUCAUUAAU